AUGAAGUGUCUAUCAAACUGCUCUUUGCCCAGCAUUGCUGCUGUCAAUGGACAUGCAUUUGCUUCGGGCUGCCAGCUGGUUGCCUCAUGCGAUCUGGCUGUUUCCGUGUCUUGGGCCAAGUUCGCUGUACCUGGAGUCAAAUUGGGCCUCUUCUGUUCUACACCUGGUGUGGCAUUGGCCCGGGCGAUUGGCAGGCGAGCUGCUGCUGAGCUUCUUCUAACUGGUUACCUUUAUUUUUGA